GGAAGGCACGUGCCAAAACCCGCAGACACACUCUUUAUCCCCUUUGACCGAAAUCAUUUCAAGUCCGGCACGUGGCUCCGGUGGGGGCCGCACAAACCGGCACACGUCCUCCAUUCUCUGCCCUCUCUUUAUAACCCUCCCCCCAAUUCACCUCACUCCGUACACAGAGCUCUCUUCUUUUCAUUAGUUCCCCAAUACAAAUAUGUCCGCCGGCGAGAAGCAGACCGGCGGCGCGCCGGCGACGGCAAAGGAGGAAGAGAGAUGCCCGGUGGAGGAGGUGGCGCUGGUGGUGCCGGAGACCGACGACCCCACGCUCCCGGUCAUGACUUUCCGAGCCUGGUUCCUCGGGCUGGUCUCCUGCGUCGUCCUCAUCUUCCUCAACACCUUCUUCAUCUACCGGACCCAGCCCCUCUCCAUCUCCGCCAUCCUCAUGCAGAUUGCGGUCCUCCCCGCCGGCAGAUUCAUGGCCGCCACGCUGCCCGAGCGGAGGUUCACCGCCUUCGGGCGCUGGAGCUUCACCCUCAAUCCGGGGCCGUUCAACAUCAAGGAGCACGCCAUCAUCACCGUCAUGGCCAAUUGCGGCGUCUCUCCUGGCGGCGGCGACGCCUACUCCAUCGGAGCUGUUACUAUUAUGAAAGCUUAUUAUAAACAAAGCCUGAGCUUUCUUUGUGCCCUCAUCAUUGUCUUGACCACUCAGCUUAUAGGGUAUGGAUGGGCAGGGGUGUUGAGGAGGUACCUUGUUGAUCCAGUAGAUAUGUGGUGGCCAUCAAACCUGGCCCAAGUUUCUCUAUUCAGAGCACUCCAUGAAAAGGAAGUGAAGUCAAGAGGAUUAACCAGGAUGAAGUUUUUUCUGAUAGUCAUGGGAGCAAGUUUCAUAUACUACAUUUUGCCCGGCUACUUGUUUCCGAUUUUAACCUUCUUCUCGUGGGUAUGUUGGGUGUGGCCCCGCAGCAUAACAGCCCAGCAGAUCGGCUCAGCGUACCACGGGCUGGGCCUGGGUGCAUUCACACUUGAUUGGGCCGGGAUUUCGGCUUACCACGGAAGCCCAUUGGUCACGCCAUGGUCCUCGAUUCUGAAUGUUGCUGUUGGUUUCGUCAUGUUCGUUUACCUAAUCGUCCCUCUGUGUUACUGGAAGUUCGGCACCUUUGAUGCCCGGAAAUUCCCUAUAUUCUCAAACCAACUCUUCACAUCUAGUGGUCACAAAUAUGACACCACUAAGGUCUUGACCCCUCAAUUUGACUUGAACAUUGCUGCAUAUAAGAGCUAUAGCAAGCUCUAUCUUAGCCCUCUUUUCGCCCUAUCCAUUGGGUCCGGAUUCCCACGGUUCACAGCAACUUUGACACAUGUGGCUCUUUUCAAUGGCAGUGAUAUUUGGAAACAAACAAGAUCUGCCGCGAGGAAUGUCAAGAUGGAUAUCCAUGCCAAACUAAUGAGAAGUUACAAGCAAGUCCCGGAAUGGUGGUUCUUGAUUUUGCUCCUUGCCAGCACCUGCCUUUCGCUCGUUAUGUGCUUUGUUUGGAAAGAAACCGUUCAAAUUCCAUGGUGGGCAAUGCUCUUUGCGUUUGCUCUAGCGUUUGUCGUUAGUCUCCCCAUCGGUGUCAUUCAAGCCACAACGAACCAGCAACCGGGUUAUGACAUUAUAGCUCAGUUCAUCAUUGGGUAUAUCCUUCCAGGAAAACCCAUUGCCAACUUGCUCUUUAAGAUUUAUGGGAGAAUCAGCACUCUUCACACACUCUCAUUCUUAGCUGACCUUAAACUUGGUCACUAUUUGAAAAUCCCCCCACGCAGCAUGUACACAGCUCAGCUGGUGGGGACAAUUGUUUCUGGUGUCGUCAACCUUGCGGUGUGCUGGUGGAUGUUGGGUAGCAUUGAGAACAUAUGUGACAUCGAGGCGCUUCAUCCGGAUAGUCCGUGGACGUGCCCGAAGUUCCGAGUCACGUUUGACGCUUCGGUCAUAUGGGGACUGAUCGGGCCAAAGCGGCUGUUUGGACCGGGUGGGUUGUACAGGAACCUGGUUUGGCUAUUCCUGGUGGGAGCGGUCUUGCCUGUGCCCGUUUGGCUACUCAGCAAAAUGUACCCGGAGAAGAAAUGGAUUCCCCUCAUCAAUAUUCCGGUGAUCUCUUACGGGUUUGCCGGGAUGCCCCCCGCAACUCCGACCAACAUAGCCAGCUGGAUAGUGACUGGGCUGAUAUUCAACUACUUUGUGUUCAAGUACAGGAAGGAGUGGUGGAAAAAGUACAAUUAUGUCCUCUCGGCUGCGUUGGACGCGGGGACUGCUUUCAUGGCUGUUCUUCUGUUCUUCGCAUUGCAGAACGAGCAUAAAAACUUGAAGUGGUGGGGGUCGGAGUUGGACCACUGCCCUCUCGCGGCUUGCCCCACCGCUCCCGGGAUUGUGGUUGAGGGGUGCCCGGUUUUCAAGUAGGCAAAGUAGUCACAGCUAGAUGAGCAAACCAACCAUGUAAUUCAAUUGUUUCAUGCAAUGUAAUCUUCUUAGGGAGAAAAAUGACGACCCUUGUUUGGGUCCACGAAUUUGUGGGAGAAAAAAUGAUUGGUAUUAGUGGUGAAGUGUGCAAUUUUCUUUUGUGAAUAACAAUUUUGAGCUAUUUUGCCAACAACGUAAUGUAAUUUAUUUUCUGACAAAUAGAUUGCGACGUUUAAAGUCAUUCAUGGCUUUCUUUCCCCAAACUUUGUACUAUCAUUUUCAUCCAUUUUAUAGACAAAGUUAUACUAGCUUAGUACUCCGUAAUAACUUAUAUAGUACUUCCUCCGUCCCACUCUGAAAUUAGGACUCGUAUUGAGUAUCUCUCGGAUGUGUUGAUAUCAUUCUUGGCCUCCAUUU